AAAGCAUAGCGUCUUUCAUGGUGGUUGUGGGGAUGCUAAAUAACAUUCCCUAAAAGUACUGUAUGGGGUUUCUUUAUUUGUUGUAUGUACGUCUCACCAGAAAAAAACUACAUUUCCCAAAGAACCCUUAUAAUUUGGCAGUGUUGCUGUCAAGGUGGAGCUGGAAUCCGGUCCAUGGAGGCGGAGAAAGAGGAGGUUAAUGUCAGUUUGAAACUGGUCGAAGAGGUAACAGCGGAGGUGGCAGUGAGGGACCGCAAUAUGUCUGGCAAGAUAACAAAGUCCCGUUCAGCCGCUAACGCGGAGGCGAUAUCUGGCAUGGUGUCAGUGAAUGAACGCAUUUUAAGGGAAUGCCAUAACUUGUAUACAGACAGCGAAAACGGACUGAUAAGGAUCGCUGAUAAACUAAACUUGGCCUUAUUGCCUCCUCGUAAGAAGAUUAUAGUCAUGCUGAUGGGAAACCACUCUGCAGGGAAGAGCACUUUCAUUAACUGGUAUGUGGAAGAACAUAUACAGCGCACUGGAGUUGCCAUUGAAACACAGGGUUUUACAUUUGUGACAAGUGGCCGAAAAAGAGAGUCCCUAACAGGCAAUGCAACUCUUCAUCUGUAUCCACACUUCAAGCCUUUGCAGGACUUUGAAGGUCUGUCUGAUUACCUGUGCACUGAGAUUUCAACCUCCAAACAAAAGAAGUUUAGCCUGGUGACCUUUGUGGAUACACCAGGUUUAGUCGAUGGCGAUAUGAAGUACCCCUUUGAUGUAGAUAAGGCUAUUCUUUGGCUUGGUGAACUGUGUGACCUGAUAUUCGUAUUCUUUGACCCCAUGGGUCAGGCUUUAUGUAAACGGACACUGAAUAUUGUGGAGAACCUGAAUGAAACACAUGGAGAGAAGCUGCGUUUCUAUCUGAGUAAGGCAGAUGAGGCAGGAUCUGAAAGUGACAGACAGCGAGUGCUGAUGCAGAUCGUUCAGGAGCUGUGCAAGAGGCCUGGCCUGAACAAGUGUGGGUUUGACAUGCCAACAAUCUACAUUCCUAAUCCCAACAAGACGAGCCGCUGUGUGAAUCAAAUUGAUGAGGUGUGCAAGGCAAUAGAGAAGACUAUUAACCAGACUGUGCAGAACACAUUGAAUUCCUUGGAAAAGGACUGUGAGGUCAUUGCAGAUGUGGUGACUGGUAUCCUUAAGGAGGACAGUGAAGUGUCUUUGUACAACAGGAAGGCACGUACCAAGGGCUGCCUAUUUGGGCUCAUCGGUUUCAUGUUGCCCGUCUUUCUACUGGUCACCCUGAUCUUUGGAAACCUGUCACGGGAGCUGCUGGUUGUCAGUCUGGGGGAGAAAAUGACACAGACUCUUGCAGUCUAUUUGGCUCCUAUGCACACGUUUUGGGCAUUUAUUCCUGAUGAUCAGGAAAUGUACAUCUUCCUGGGCCUAGCUGUUCUUUCUUUUCUUUUCCUUCUCCUUGCCCGAUUCUCUUUCAGGACCAAGACAGCUCUGAGCAGGAAGCAGAAACGGCAGCUCACAGAAAAGAGAGAAUAUGUCCAAGAUGUGGUCAAGGUGAAAAAGAAAGAACUGUAUGAGGAGUAUCUUCGGCAAAGCAUUGGAGACCAUGAUAUGAAUUGAAGGAUUUUGACUAGAACUUCAAACUACCUCUCCCUAUUAUUUGAUUAGGAAAAAUUCAACAUCCAGGCUCUUCAGUUGUAUAAUACUACACGUUUAUAUCCCGGGGUGGGAUGGUGUUCUGGGUAAUGGUCUCUGGUAGCUAGAUUUCCCUUUGACUUUGGACUUUGUUGGCCUCUCUCUGUCUUAACUUUAGUGUUGUCACAGCUUUGUGCUGCUCCAGUACCAGCCCAGGUGCUUCAUGAUUGGAAAGAUUCUCUGAUUGCUUUUGACUCAAGUAGGUGGCAAUUAAAAUAAUAUUGGAUAAAAGGAAAGAUCCAGCUUGAAAUUUUAAAACACCAAACUCGUGUUUUUGUAAAUUGCUACAUUCCAAAAAUUUAUGCUGUGGAUAUUGAAAGACUUGUGGAAGUGGCUUUGCAUCGCAGACCUUGCUUGGUGACCUCUCAAAGCAAUCUGUAGUAAACUGCAGCUCCACAUGUGCUUUGAUCUCGUCUUGCUACUUGUAGGAAUUUUUAGCACUGCUUCCUUUACCCUUUGCAGCCUUUUUAGCACCACUAAGGAGCUUCAUCCCACUGUCUGCAUACCUUCUACCAUCUCAAAUUUUAUCUGAGAACUAUAUCAAGAGGCAGGUUGAGAAGUGCCUUUUAUGACUUGUAUUACCAGGGAUAUAAAAAUAAAAAAAGAUUUGAGGUAUUGCACAACCUGUAUGUGAUGGCUCUAAAAAAAAUCUGGGUGACCUUUGAGAAUUCUUCAAAGUAACAGCAACACCCCACCCCCCCCCCAUGUAAGCUGUAGAAAAGAUAUGUGCCUUGCAGACCAGCAAUACAAUUAAUUUUUCUUGCAGAUAGUUUGUUGGGUGGAGGGUUGUGUUUUCUAGGUUUGCUGUUUACCCAUAAAUGUGUGCUUUGUAUACUUAAUAUCUAUCACACAACAAACUGCCUUCUUGUAGCCCCAAAAGACCUAGGAGUGAGACUAGCCACAUUUUCCUGCAACGUAGGGUUCCAUUGAUCUCUGUGGUGUUAUUGUAUUUACUGUCCUUAUUUAAAGAUAAAGCGGAACAGUUGCAGUGAUGGGACACUGUAGCACUCUUGUUCUGUAAAUAGCUGGGGUACAAAGCUAGCUUCCUUGUAUGUGAGUACAUCUGUUACACUGUUUAGCUAGGAUUUGCUGUUACAUUUUACACUAAUGUGUAGGCUCAGGAGCUGCUUAUCUGGGGUGGAUCACUAUUUUCUAAACAGUUUCCUUGUUAGCUGUACAUAGACUAACAUUGCUCAGUUCGAGAGCAAUAAUAUUUUGUUUACAGUUGGACAUUACAUCAGUGUAUGUUUACAUUUCAUUAACUUCUUGAAGUUUUGAAACUGUACAUUUGUUAUAGUUAUUCACCCACAUAUUUAUUAGUCUGUGCACUGUCUUGUUAGAUUUUGAAUAAUGAUGGUUGUUUAUUGUUGAAAGGUGUAGUAAUACUGGAACAAAAGAAACUGCUGGAGGCUGCUAUGAAACACUUGGUUACUGUCUCACCAGAUGGAUUGCUUUUGUAAGAGAACUGUCCUGAAUUACUUAUGAUCCUGUUCAAGAUUUAGAAAUUCUGAUUUAAUCCUGCCACAUAUUUAACAGUUUGCUGGACAUCACUGUUUCUGAACUUUGCUUUGUUUAUAUCUUGGAAUCAGUUUAUAAUGUCCUCCAGAAUUCUGUAGUUAAGGAGAGGUCUUCGCCACAACCAGUGCAGUUUUGGUUACAUGCAGGGUAGACACCCCUGUACUAGAAAAUGCCAGUAAUUAGAACACUAGGAUCUGCAAUAAAUAAUUGCCUUGGAGAAGAAAAUUCUGUAGGCUUAGCACAGUUCUACUUUAACAGCAUAGUAGACAAGUGUUGCAUAUUAUCAGCAUUUAACAUAUUGUUUACAUUUGGAUACUUGAAAUGAGACAUGGAGCAAAGACUUGUUUGUUACAGUCAUACUGUGACAAGCUUGUCCUGUUUUAUCAUGGUGCCUUUUACCAUGUACUAUGCACAUUUACAGGAUGUUAUUCUAACAGUACUCCAGUGGGUUUGUGCAUUAAUACAGGUGGUCUUUGGGGGAUUGGCAUAUGUACAGUAAGGUAUUCCACAAAGUUAUCAGUUAUUCAUAUUUUUUUUAACAUUUAUUUAACACUGUCAUUGUCUACUAACAAAAUGUGUUUUAGAUAAGUAUUCCUAAUUCCAGCAUAAAAAACAAUCUGGCUAUUUUAUAUUGAUGAAAAGCACUAGGAACGUUAACACAAGGUAUUUUCAGUAUAUUUUGUCAUGCACUGAUGUUCUGCAUUGGUUUACUAACAUCACAGAGAUGAAGUGUGCCUUAAAAGGGGCCGCUGCUUGGUAUCUGUCAGCAUGGAACUGGCCACAGUUUAUCAAGAAAAGUAAGAAAUUACUAGGUGUAGGACUUUGUAAGGAUUGGAUCUCCACAGAACAGUCCUUGUGUGACAAUAUCUGUUAUGGAAAGUUGUGAUGUUCCACAGCCUUGUGCACACCAUUAUUGUCAAGGGGCAGCAUACUGGAACUUGGAAAGAAAAAUCUUUGUGAGAGCCUUUGCAGUUGCGUACCUGUUGGCCAAAGUGAAUGGUGUGUGGUAUUAGUAGCAAUCUUUGGGCAUGUGAUCUGUAGGCUGCAUAUUUGAGUAAUGACUUUCUUAGUCUACUUUGGAUUUUCAUAUUGCUAAAGUAUUUUUGCCUGCUCCUGUAUGUGGUAAGAACUGUUGUUGUGGCAAAGUCAUUUAGAACCAAACAGUCUUUAGUAAAUAUGAAAUAUGUUUAAUCUUAGAUUAAUACGAGUGAAAGUAUCAUUUACCUCUAUAACAGUGUACAAGUCUGCCAGAUGUUUGCCAAACAUUCAUUGCUGCAUCUGUGAGAUCUGCACUGUGUAACAUUUGCAGUAGUGUUUGUGGUCUGCAUUUACAGUACUUCUGCAUUAAGUUCACUACAGUAGUAAUGUUUAUAAUUAUCUAGAAUUUUUUUCUAUAACCGUGUUUAGUACCAUUGAUGUUGACAGUAGCAGAAUUCUCUGUAGUAGUUGCAAUGUUUACAUUAUCUAGCUUUUGUUUCUAUAAUUUUGUUGCCAGUACUGUAGUUCACUAUGGUACCUGUAGUGUUUACAUUGUCUGGCAUUUGUUUCUGUAACUGUGUUCAGUACCACUGAUGACAGUACCACAGUUCAUUACAGUAGUUGUAAUGUUUACAUUACCUAGCUUCUGUUCCUCUAACUGCUGUCCACUAUCUUUGUUCACAGCACCUUUGAUGCUGACACUGCAGGAGUUCAGUUUAGUAGCUGUAUUGUUUAAAUUUUUAGCAUUUGUUGGAAAUAUCUGUAUUAUUUUGUUCACUACAGCAGCUGUGCACUGCCUUUUAUCACAACAGAAAAGACAGCAGUGGCAGUAAUGUCCUCUUUUUCUCCAGAAUAAUGUGAAUGGUAUACAGAUGUGUUUUGUGAAAGUGGGAGGAAAUUACAGUUGUAACAUUUGGAUUAUGUUGGCCCCCUUUUUUGAAUUCUAAGUACUCGGAUGGAGACUAGGAGGUCAGGUGACCAGGGUUUCAGAGAGAAACAAAUUUUAUUAAUCCUGGUCUUAAUUAUUGAAGCAGUAAUCACCCCAACACAUCUGGCACUAGUCUUUCCAGGGUUUUUUUUUUUUUUGCACUUUCUUACCUUUAGGGUGAAAUCAUUUUUUUGUUUUCAAAAUUUGCCCGUUUGCAGCCCAGUGUUGCAGAGGCAUGGCAUCUGUUUUUACAGGUUGCUACCCAAGCUUAGUAAUGGACUAAAGCGGACUAGUGUGAUAAGAUGAAAUGGCCAGUAGCAAGUUGUAACACAGGGACGAGGGUUUCAGGAAGCCUUAUUGCUGUGCGACCUCUGGUGGAGACAGGAGCUUCACAUGCCAGAUACAUAAUUACAGGGGGCUGCAACAGUGACAUCUCUGGAAUCCGUGCACUAGCCAGUCCAUAAUGUAGAGAAUUUGAUGAGCCAGUGUAAGGUUUACGAGUGCUGAGACUGUGCACUUAACUCCCUCCUCCUCCUCUGACUGCAAGUGAGAUACCAUCAACUUUGACCUUCCAGAAGAGUUUGGGUGGAGUAUCUGGUGAAACUUUAUGCCUAUGCCAGGGGUAUGUGGAUGGAGUAAUGGGUGGGGUGGAAGCCAGGAAAAGAUCUGUAGGACUGUACGUCACUGGGAGGGGAGAAAUUAAAAAUAAAAAUGCUUCCACUUGCAAGUAGCUAUGAUAAAUGAAGGCAGUCAGAUUCAAGGUUACAGAGAGAGAUACGAGAAAGAAAUCUGGCUGGAUCCCACAUCCAAUGUAAUCAUCAUGGUUGUACACUGCAUUGUACAGUUUAGUAAUGCGUUCAAGUUUUCUGUUUCCUGACACAUGCCAAUAAGUAAUGUGAUCUUUCAUCACAAAGACAAGGUGUGACAAGCAUUCUUGAACCACUGUACAUGCAAACUUAAAGUAAGGUAUUCCACUUAAACUUCACUCAAGGAGAUUCUUUUGAUAGCAUUUUCAUAAGUUUUUUUUUGUUAUAAGUAAUGUAAAUGCUUACAUAUAACAGAAUAGUGCUUUCUGGUGUACAGUUACUCAAACUAGUAUUGGGUGCCCACCCCAAAGAAAGUGCAUUUUAUGUUGAUAAUUGUUAUUUUCAAAAAGAUUCUGCUAGGGCAAGUAAAAAUGCUGUUGCUGUUAGAUACAGCUCCCAUAGAUUUUAAGUACAGUUUACAGAAAAAGGAGAUUUGCAGUCUAUCUGCUACAGCUGACAGUCCUUCCAUUGGAAUGAUUCCUGUGUUUUUAUUAGAGCAUUAGUAAUGUCUCCUGAAAGCACAUAUUUGUACUACUUGUUAAAAACUAAUUAAACAUAUUCAAACAACUUGGAAAAA